AUGGCUGACGAAAAGCGCAAGGACGGCGCGCAGCUUGAGGGUGACAUCACCUUCAUCGCGACCCCUGCCGCGAAGCCCUCUACGUUCAGCACUGGCGAGGAUUGCGGUGUCAAGACCACCAAUUACCCCACCAUCAACAACCCUCCUCUUCCUGCCGAGGGCCCUGGCAAUGAAUCCUUCUCUAACUGGAUACUCGGAGCUGUUCUCGCCGGUGUUCCCCUCUGGGUCACCCGCAUCUUCGGCGGCGGUCUCAAGACCUUCAUCUUCUUCUUCAUCCUCUUCGUCGUCCCUCUCCUGAUCGCCUUCUGGACCGUUUCAUCAAGGUUCUCUCCCCGCAUCAACGACAAGGCCAAGCUCCCCGGCCGCCCCGUCGAGCACUACCUCACUUUCAAGAACGAGGAGGAUCGCAAGCAGUACAGCGGCCGCAACAAGAUCCCCAUCCAGACUUUCGCUGAGCUCUACACCGAGGGCCUCGUCGACAUCAACGGCGACCUCCUUGACGCCCUCGAGUACCGCCACGACUGGUCCAACUUCGCCUUCACCUACUCCCUGUUCCGCUUCAUCUUCCUCGAGUUCGCUCCCGAUGUCAUCUUCCACUCCCGCCAGCAGGAUGAGGACCAGAUCAAGCCCACCUACGACAAGGGUAACGACCACUACUCCUACUUCCUCGGUCCCCGCAUGGUCUACACCAGUGGUCUCUUCUCCGACCUCAGCCGCGAGGAGACACUCGAGGAGAUGCAGGACAACAAGAUGGCCGUCGUUUGCGAGAAGCUCGGCCUGAAGGAGGGCGAGACCAUGCUGGAUAUUGGCUGCGGAUGGGGCACCCUCGCCAAGUUCGCCAGUGUCAACUACGGAGCCAAGGUUACCGGGGCCACCAUUGCCAGCAACCAGGCCGCCUGGGGUAACGACGGCCUCCGCCGCGCCGGCAUCCCCGAGAGCCAGAGCCAGAUCCUCUGCAUGGACUACCGCGACAUCCCCACCAAGAAGUUCAACAAGAUCUCCCAGCUCGAGAUGGGCGAGCACGUCGGUAUUCGCAGACUCACCACCUUCUUCCGCCAGUGCUACGACAUGCUCGAGGACGACGGCGCCAUGUACGUCCAGCUCUCUGGUCUCCGCAAGGCCUGGCAGUACGAGGACUUCAUCUGGGGUCUUUACCUCAACAAGCACAUCUUCCCCGGCGCCGACGCCUCCACCCCGCUCGCCAACUACGUCGGCUGCCUCGAGAGCGCCGGCUGGGAGAUCAAGAGCAUCGACACCGUCGGCGUCCACUACUCGGGCACCCUCUGGCGCUGGUACCGUAACUGGCUCGGCAACUCCGAGACCGUCCACGCAAAGUACGGCCAGAAGUGGUACCGCAUCUGGGAGCUCUUCCUCGCCUGGUCCGUCAUCGCCUCCCGCCAGGGCAGCGCCACCUGCUUCCAGAUGGUCGUUGUCAAGAACCUCAACGCCACCCACCGCAUCGACGGCUUCUCUUCCCAGUUUGGCCUGUCUGGCGCCCUCGCCGCCGCCAAGGCUGCUGGCAAGGCUGUCUUCCCCCGGUCGACGUAA